UGGACCUGACUGGAUCUUCCAGACACCGCCAUCUACCUCACUCUUCAUUCCAAAAAAUCUACCAGUUACCGUAGACUCGUACAUAUACCGUCUUGGUGGGUGAUUCUAAGGCUAGUGGUUGGGGUAUUGGGGGUACUGUGAGGGGGGUCUAGUUGGGGAAUUUGGGAAUGGUUGGUAUUUUGUGUUGUGAGGGGCUGAGAGGGGGCUAUAAGGGGGUUCGUAUUGCAGAAAGCUUCCAGUGUGGAGUGAGAGAGUGUGAGGGGCGGUGGUGUGCUGCUCCGCUCUCCCCCAGGAUGCAAGAGUCAGUGUCCCCAGGCCACGCCCUUGCAACCAUGCCCAGUUUUCUUGCCCUGCUUCAACACCUGCAACUCUGCCACUAGUGUACCCCUCCCCCCCACUGCCCACCCCGCGCUAAUCGGUGUUUCAAUGUGUUUGUCGUGUUUGUUGGUGUGAGUUAUGUGGUGGUUGUUGUUGUUAGUGGUGGUGGUAGCUGGGGUGGUGGUGGCGCCAGCCUGGGGCUUCCUGGUGGUAGUUGCUGACACUACGCCCGUGGGUAGCACCAUCUUCCUCUCCGCCAUGGACGGUCCUACCCACUACAAGCUGGACACCCGUAGGACGCCCACCCACGUCCACAGACUGUUACACGUGGACCGCACUAGCGGUGCGGUCACGGUCAAGCGACCGCUCGACUGUGCGGGCACCUUCUAUACCAACCCCAUUACCCUGUGGGUGGAGGCGUGGGCGGAGUGGGCGGGGGCACCGCUGGACUAUGCGUCACUGCCGGUGCGGGUGCUGGUGACGGGUGACGGGUGCCGCCACCACAGUGCCAUCCUUCAGAGGGAAGUGAGACACUGGGUUGACCAGGCGGCACUUUCCCUGCCGCUGCCUGAUCCCAACCCAGGUGAUCCUGAGUGGUUGUGUGUCCGACGCUCCCAGGUGAUCCUCAGGAUCCCCUCGCUGCUGCCACGGAGUCUGCAACACUGCAGGCUGGACUACACUUCGGUCUCUGACCACCGGGUUACCGUGGAGACUCACGGUGGGGACCUGGUCAGCCUCUUCGACACCUGCCUGACGCGGGUCACCAGAAUCAAGCUGGGGUUGAAGGUCACAUGCUCAGGGCUGACCCCGACGUACGACCACGACCUCCUGCUGGUGCUGCACAACGCCGCAGCUGGCGAUGGCGCCCACAUCCGUCGUAUACGUCGGCAGAUGCAGACGGCGGCGCCGUACUUCGAGCGUACGCUGGAGGUAGCACAUGUGGUGGAGGAGUCGGAAAAGGGGACGUCCGUGACCACGGUCACGGCCACGGACCCGGAGAAUGCACCGCUGACGUACUCUAUCGAGGCGGUGCUGGACGCUCGCUCGCAGAGGAUGUUUGAGAUCGACCCCACGUCCGGCCUCGUCACUACGAAGACUCGUCUGGACAGAGAACUUGUCGACGUGCACUACUUCCGAGUCAAGGCAGUCGACAAGGCGUCGUCUCCGCCCCGCUCAGCCACCACGACUCUCCAGAUUAAUGUUGACGACGCCAACGACCAUGAACCCGUAUUCGAACGUCAGGAAUACGACACGUCGGUUCGUGAGUCCACGAGCGUCGGGUCCACCGUCCUAACCGUCCGCGCCACCGACCAGGACGCCGGACCAAAUGCCGACCUCCGAUACACCAUACUAAAUCCCUCCGGUGCCAACGAAGUGUUUCGUAUAGACCCUAAGUCUGGCGAACUGUCGACCCGUCUGCCCCUGGACCGGGAGCAACACUCCCAGUACACCCUGACCGUGCAGGCCGAGGACCAGGGUCCAGCCCAGCACCGUCUCACUGCUACGGCCCAGAUCUCCGUCACUGUCAUGGACGAAAACGACAACUACCCGCAGUUUACGGAGCGGACCUACACAGUGGAGGUGCCUGAGGACAUCAGCGCCGCCGCAUCUCCGGUCAUCGCGCACGUUCAGGCCAGCGACCAUGACAGCGGCAAGAACGGCCAAGUACGAUACGCAAUAAUUGGCGGCAACACCGCUGGACAUUUUACGAUUGAUGGAUUAACGGGUGAGAUCCGCGUAGCUGCCCCGCUGGACCACGAGACCAACCGUCAUUACCGCCUUGUGGUCCGCGCCCAGGACGGUGGGUCGCCCCCGCGGUCCAACACAACGCAGCUCCUGGUCAACAUCAGGGACGUCAACGAUAACUCUCCCAGGUUUUACACUCCGCUCUUCCAGGAGACCGUCCAGGAGAACGUCCCCGUCGGCUACUCCAUCGUCCGCGUCCAGGCCUUCGACAACGACGCCGGUGAUAACUCUCUCCUGACGUAUAACGUAGAGGGGGGCGGUGAGAACCUCCCUGUGGAGGUGGAGGAGACGACAGGAUGGGUGUUGACGCGCAGGGAGUUGGACAGGGAGGAGAACCACCACUACACCUUCACAGUGGUGGCGAGGGACCACGGAGACCCACCACAGUCGGCCUCUGCCACUGUCAUCCUUCAGGUCCAAGACCAGAACGACAACGACCCCGCCUUUCAGCCGAAGAACUACGAAGUUGCUGUGAGCGAGAGCGACUACCCCGGGACUCCUGUGGUGACAGUCACAGCCACAGACAGAGACGAGAACCCGAGACUUCACUACGCUAUAACCUCAGGCAACGAGCGAGGUCGCUUUUCCAUUACUGCGCAGAAUGGUCGAGGAUUGAUCUCCCUGGCGCAGCCACUUGACUAUAAGCAAGAACGAAGUUAUAUAUUGACGGUGACGGCGACUGAUGCCGGCGGACGGUAUGAUACCGCCACCGUCUACGUGAACGUUAGCGACGCUAACACCUUUCCACCGCAGUUCGAAAACACACCGUAUUCCGCCACUAUAUUUGAGGACGCACCGGAAGGCAGCACGGUGAUCAUGGUGGCAGCUUCAGAUGGCGACACGGGAGAAAAUGCUCGCAUUACUUACUCCCUCAGCGGGGAGUCAGUCCCCGAGUUCAUCAUCCACCCCAGCACGGGGGCUAUCACCACCACCAAGCCCCUAGACCGGGAAGCCCAGGGCGGUUACCUGCUCACUGUCACAGCUCGCGACAACGGCACCCCAGCAUUGUCUGACACCACAGACGUUGAGAUCACUGUCGUCGACGUCAACGACAACGCCCCGGUGUUCAGUGAGGCGUCAUACAGAGCGUCCGUGCCAGAGGACGCAUCGGUGGGGGCGUCAAUCAUACAGAUUAAAGCCAGUGACGCCGACGCUGGACUCAACGGCAGAGUUGUGUACUCCUUCGUCGGCGGUAACGAUGGUAACGGAGCCUUCUCCCUAGACCCGACCUCUGGCGUGGUAAGAACCGCUCGCGUGCUGGACCGCGAGACUGUGGAGCAGUACUCUCUGGUAGCUAUGGCGGUGGACCGCGGCGCCCCGGAGCGAUCGUCAUCAGUGACGGUGCUGGUCGACGUCGAAGACAUCAACGACAACCCUCCUAUGUUCGACACGGACCGCAUACAGCUGUACAUAGCGGAGAACUCUCCCGUGGGGUCGACGGUGGGUGAGGUGCGGGCCAGGGACCCUGAUGCUGGCCGCAAUGCUCUCAUCCAGUACAGCAUCAUUGGUGGACCAGACGCUAAGAACUUUAGCAUGGUGGCUCAUCCGUCAGAGGGCCGCGCUGAACUCGUCACCCGCGUCGACCUUGACUAUGAGUCCCCGAAGAAGAAGUACCAACUUAACGUGCGGGCGACGUCGUCGCCGCUGCGGUCGGACAUCCCCGUCACGGUACACGUCGUGGACAUCAACGACAACGCUCCAGUACUCUCAGAUUUCCGCAUCAUUUUCAACAACUUCAAGAAUCACUUCCCAGUGGGUCCCAUCGGCCGGGUACCAGCCAUGGACGCUGACGUCACUGACCAGUUGACGUACCACAUCAUCAGUGGUAACAAGGCGGGGCUGGUGGACAUUCAUAAGGACUCCGGAGAGAUCACCCUCUCUCCCUCACUCAACACCAACGUUCCCAUCCACGCUACCAUGGAAGUCUCUGUCUCAGAUGGAUUGAAUGAGGUGACUGCUGAGAUGAGUCUUCAGGUGAGGCUGGUGACUGAGGCGAUGCUCUUCAACUCAGUAACAGUUCGUAUGGCAGAGAUGACCCAGGAGGCCUUCCUGUCUCCCCUCCUGUCUUACUUCGUGGACGGUCUGGCUGCUAUCAUCCCCUGUCCCAGAGAAAACAUCUUCAUAUUUAACAUUCAGGACGACACUGACGUGGAAGCUCGUAUCCUCAAUGUGAGCUUCUCUGCUAAACGACCUGAUGUUCCUGGAGAGGAGUUCUACCCUCCCCAGUACCUGAGGGAACGGGUCUACCUCCACCGUGCUGACCUUGUCAAACUCUCUACUGUCCAAGUGUUGCCAUUUGACGACACACUGUGUGUACGAGAGCCCUGCCUCAACUUUGAGGAGUGCCUCAAUGUUCUCAAGUUUGGUAAUGCUUCUGGCUUCAUAUCCUCCAACAGCAUACUCUUCCGACCCAUCUACCCCGUCAACACUUUUGCUUGCAGGUGCCCUAAGGGAUUCACUGGGAUGCGUGAGCACUAUGAGUGUGACACUGAGGUCAAUCUAUGCUACAGUAGCCCCUGUGGCAACCAUGGCACCUGUAUGCGACGUGAGGGUGGCUAUACCUGUGUCUGUCUUCCUGGAUACACUGGUAAAAACUGUGAAGUUAACAUGCUAAGCGGGUCAUGUUUAGAGGGAGUGUGUAUGCAUGGCAGCAAGUGUACAGGUGUGGUUGGUAAUGGAGGUGGUGCUGGGGGAUUCACGUGCACCAACUGCAGUCGUUCUCUCUACCACACCUCAACCUGUGAGCUGAGAUCACGUCGCUUCUCCAGCGGCUCCUUCCUCACCUUCCCAGCACUUAAGCAGCGACACAGACUCAACAUUAAGAUCAGCUUUGCCACCCGUGAGCCAGAUGGACUCCUCCUGUACAAUGGACGCUACAAUGAGAAGCAUGACUUUGUUUCACUGGAAAUAGUGAGUGGGACUGUGGUGUUCUCGUUUAGCCUGGGAACUACCACCACAAGAGUCUCUGCCUCUCUCCCUGGAGGUGUUGAUGAUGGAGAGUGGCACACUGUCUCUGUAGACUAUUACAACAGAAGUGCGACCAUUAGUGUAGACAACUGUGACACAGCUCUGUCUGUCAGGUUUGGUGACAAGAUUGGUGACUACUACUGUGCCAAUACCACAUCUCAGAUUCUUGACCCCAGGUGUGCCAUCCUGACCCAGGCUUGCCACCGCUUCUUAGAUGUAACAGGGCCGUUACAAGUUGGAGGACUACCAGCCCUUCCCACCACUUACCAAGUCAAACAUCAACACUUCCAUGGCUGUAUAUCAGAUCUCUAUAUUGACCAUAAGUUCAUUGAUCUUACCUCGUUUGUGGCAGAUAAUGGGACAUUUCCAGGGUGUCCAGAGAAGAAUAGUUUCUGUCGCUCUCACCCUUGUCAGAAUGGAGGCUCCUGCAGGGAAACAUUCGGUACAUACAUCUGUUCCUGCCCAGAUGGCUGGGGUGGAAAAGACUGCUCACAAGGUGUGGAGGUCGUUAAGCAAUUUACAGGUGAAGGCUUCCUUGUGUUUAGUCCACAACUGCAGACCAUCCAGCUACCCUGGUUCAACAGCCUUUCCUUUAGAACACGAGAACAGUUUGGCCUUCUUAUGAUAACUCUUGUUGGCCAGAAUGCCAACAGUAUCAUUGAGCUGGUCGAUGGUUAUAUCCAGUACCGGUACGAGAAUACAACAAUUAAGAUGGUGGAUGCUGUAGUGGAUGAUGGGCUCUGGCACAAUGUUGAGGUGAAGUGGAUGAGUGGAGAGGUGUGGAUCAACCUUGACUAUGGCAACCAUGAAAUUACAGUCCGAGUUGAUGCCCAUAUAGCUAACCUUUAUAUUGGGAAGGUGUCAGUGGGAGGUGUACAGCCCUCAGACCCGGCCAAAGUCACGGGCUUCAAGGGCUGUAUCAAGGAUGUACGUGUAGGCAGCAGCAAGAAUGCUUGGCUGCGUCCUACCCAUGAGGAUGGAGUGCGGGAUGGAUGUGUUGCAUCGGAUCCCUGCACUUCCCGUCCCUGCCCACCCAACUCCCAGUGCAUCAACACUUGGCAGGGCUAUGAGUGCCAGUGCAAUAAGGGCUAUUAUGGUGAAAAAUGUGCUGAUGUUUGCCACCUAAAUCCCUGCAGCAACAAUUCCACUUGUGUGCACGAUAUACACUCACCAAAAGGCUACCGUUGCGAGUGUCCUACAUAUGAAUUUUCUGGGGAAUAUUGUGAGAUGGUACUGGAUCAACCAUGUCCUACCAAUUGGUGGGGAUAUCCUGUGUGUGGUCCCUGCCACUGUGACAUAGAUAAAGGUUAUGAUGGAGACUGUAACAAGACAACUGGGGAGUGCCGUUGUGAGGAAAACCACUACCAACCUGAUGAAUCAUCUGCUUGUUAUGACUGUGACUGCUACCUGGUUGGGUCAUAUGGUGGCUCUUGUGAUCCUAUUACUGGUCAGUGUCGCUGUCGUCCUGGGGUCAUUGGGCGACGUUGUGAUCAGUGUGCGAAUGCCUUUGCCCAAGUCACCAUUAUGGGCUGUGAAAUUGUGUAUGAUGGAUGCCCCAAAAAUUUUGCGGAUUUGAUAUGGUGGGAUGAGACACCUUUUGAUGGUACAACAGUACAACAGUGUCCCUAUGGUGCCCAGGGUCAGGCUUCUCGUGUCUGCCACAGAGAAAUAGGAUGGGGACUGCCAGACAUGUUCAAUUGUGUGUCGGACACAUUUAUAGAGUUGCGUGACUUGCUUGAGAGCCUUGAAAGUCAAGAAUUAGAGAUCACAACAUACCUGGCAGUGAAAAUCUCUGAGGACGUAAAUUAUGCCUGCUCUGUGACGCCUGCUAUGUGGGGCUCAGAUGUCCUUAUUGCCUCACGUCUCCUUAUCCUGCUGCUUGAGUAUGAAACCCAUCAGGAGGGACUCAACCUUACUCACCGUCAAGACCGACACUACAUUCAAAAUUUGGUAGAAUCAGCAUCUGUGAUCCUACAGCCAGUAUAUGCCCCACACUGGCAGAGAAUCAAUGGUGUAGAAGGCUUUGGUGCAGAUUCUUUGCUCACAAAAAUGGAUGAAUAUGUGGCUACUCUAGCCACCAGUCAAAGCGAUACUUACACUACUCCAUUUGAAAUUCCUACCAAAUAUGUUGUGUUUGGGAUGGACACUGUAUCAGCAGAUGAACUGUAUGGAUACAGUCAGUCAGGGUUUGUGGUGGGACAUGAUGACCGAGUGGAUCACGUGAUCAUUCCUGAGACUUCUUCUCUAGUGGAUAAACAUUACCCAGGUCAGGGCCAAGUUUCUGUCAUUGUCCCAAAGUACAACAACUAUCUCAAGAACCAGCAAACAUGGGUACAUAACACAAACAUCCGCAUUCCUUUAUCACUGGUUGGCAUUCCAGAUGUUAAACAGGAUGAGACCUCGACCUCAGGCACCCUGGGCAGUACUCGUGCGGUGGUGAGCUAUGUCGUGUUCCGUUCACUGGGCAUACUACUUCCUGAGACUUACGAUGUGGAUGUGGAGCAGCGAUGGGGUGUUGGCUUAGCUGUGCGCUCUCCAGUAUUCACUGUUGCUGUGCACACGUCUGAUGGUGGAUUGGUCAAAAAUAAAAUUGAUGUGGAUGUGAGACUUAGGUUUCGAUUGGGUCAUGUUGGAAAACGAGCCAACCCUCAAUGUGUUACUUGGGUUGAUAAACAUGAUAGCAAUAGUGGGGGUGUGUGGACACGUGAUGGCUGUGAAACCAGCGAGGCAGAACAUGGCUAUGGUGAAUACAUUAAUGAUACCUUCAUCAACUGCACCUGCAACCACCUCUCCAGUUUUGCUGUCAUCCUUAAUGAUGCUGAGGCAGAGUUUCUAGCUGAGCCAUCCAUCGCAGAGGAUGUAACAACAUACACUGGGCUGGUGCUCUCACUGGUGCUGCUGCUGAUGGCUUUUAUUGCGUUCUGCUUGUUACGUGGUGCCCAGACUAACUCCAACACUAUCCACAAAAACCUCACUGCCUGUCUCUUUCUGGUGCAGCUCCUUUUCUUGGCUGCACUUAAGAUCAGACACAUUCUUGUGCAACAGGAGUUUCCAUGCAAGUUGGUGGCUAUUGGCUUACACUACUUCUGGCUAUGUGUGUUCACCUGGCUAUUGAUCGAGGGUGUUCAUCUGUACCGGAUGCUGACAGAGAUGAGAGAUGUUAACCAUGGACAGAUGCGCUUUUACUACUCCUGUGGCUAUGGUCUUCCUGCCAUCAUUGUUGGACUGUCUGUGGGAGUCAGAGCAGACCAGUAUGGCAAUUACUUUUUCUGCUGGUUAUCCAUUUAUGAGUCUGUGGUAUGGGCAUUGGUUGGCCCUAUCUGUGCCAUUGUCAUAAUUAUCCUCCUUGUGUUUGUCAUGGCUAUCCGGGCCUCACUUACUCUUAAAGGUCACGUGGAAGGAUUUGGCAAUCUGAGGACUCUCCUGUGGCUUGGGAUUCUGUUCCUGCCAUUGCUGGGAGCCACCUGGGUACUGGCAGUUUUGUCAGUGUCAGAGGAUCUGGAAAUUCUUCACUAUUUCUUCUCAGUAUUCUCACUCUUGACAGCAGUAUUUAUUCUGGUGGGUUACUGCCUCCUAAACAGCCGUGUCAGAGAUUCUCUAUACUUCAUGUUCCUUACUUGCACUGGAAAAAAAGUGCCAUACCAAGAGUCACUCAGUGUCACCAGGACAUCUGUAGCCUCGCGGUCAGCCCUAACGUAUAAUGAUGACUUCAACAUUCUGCGGCGCAACAUUGGUAUUUCCACUGCAAGCACAACAUCACGCUCCACUUGCAAGACUUCCAGUUCCCCAUAUAGCCGGGGUGAAGGAGCUGCUGCAGGAGGACCAGUUGCUUCCUCCAGUACACCUAGCAACUAUAAUUCCAAUACAGAUUUAAACUCGCAGUCAGUCAAGUCACCUUAUGCUUACAAUGAUUCGACUAUGUUCCACAGAAAGCAUGGUGCAGCAGCCCGCAGCAGUAAACGUCGCGAGAGUGAGAGUGAAAGUGAGCUGAGCUUAGAUCACCGCUCCUUAGAUCUAGCCUCCUCGCACUCUAGUGACGAGGAUGACACCACUACACACAAUGGCACACUCAGGGUCAAUGAACGAAGAACCAACCCUCCGCCAGAAGUUCCACCCAAGCCAUCUAGUUACCUGCCCAACAUCUAUGAUUUAGACACAACAGCAGAAGCUCUACCACCACCACCACCUGGCAUGAUGAGCAGUUCUGGUGGUGCAGGGGCUGCUGGCUCCCCUCUCCUACAUAAUAUACGCCCCCUUUAUGCCACACACUGGUCCUCUCAGCUCCCACCUGCAUACCCAGGCAUUUAUAAAGAACAUAAUGUGACAUCACCACUGUGGGCAAGUGAGAGAUUAUCCACCACAACAGCGUCAGAUAAUGAGAUGCCAGAUAAAGCAGACAACCUGCGUGUAGAGUCUCGUCCUUCAUUGUCUCGCUACAUGGAGCAGGCUCGCAGUCGAUAUUCUCCUGCCGAGAACCAGUUUGGAACCUACUCACCAAGCACAAAGCACCGAUAUUCUCCAGAUCCCAAAAAGUUUUCUACAGUAGAUUCUCGACGCUACUCACCAGACACCAGAAGCUACUCGCCAGAUUCAUCUCAGAUGCGCACACAUGAUAAUUCCUACUUACAGGAAAAUCCUUACUCUCACGAUAUUAAACGAACAUCACCAGAAAACCUUGUAGUGAGAACAGAGUCUCGGGCAAGCAGAACAAGUGUAGAUAGUGCUGACAAGAAGCGAUACUCUCCAUCUACCCAUCAACAGCAGCAAGUUAUCUACACACCCCAGAGUCAAAAGAGAUUCCUUCAUAAUUUGGCAGAAGACCCAAGUCCUGAGGCUUUACCAGCACCCGUGGUGAGCAGUAUAGGUGGGGGGGACAACACGAUGGAAGUAAACAAUCUCAACAUCUCUCCCUCCGACCCCCCUCCACCUUCGCCUCCCCCAACCCUUCCGGCUGCCCUUGUCGCCACUCACAAGAUCUCCGCCAUUACUUUAGGCAUCUCUGACUCUGACAAAGAGAGCACUGAAACCACCGUCUGACACAUAGAAGGGGACAUCGUGGAGUCCCAGCAUGGAUAACUCAUCACUGGCGAAAAGUUUGGUGCUAAUGACGUUUGGCAGUCAAAGCACCUAUAGCACAAAGAAAAACAAGUGACAAGAAGUAUGGAAAAAAUUAAUUAACAACUGGAAUAUUAUAUUGGCAAAGCUGAAAAUGUUUGGGACAUAAUUAUAUAUAUUCUUAACUCACAAGAAAAGACACAGGACUACUCAAGAUUUUGUCUAUAUUUCAAGACAUGUCUCAGGGUAAUGAGCAAAAGCAUGGUAAGGUCUUUUUGUAUGGGUUUCCAAGAACAUAUAAUUUCAUACAUAAAUGCAUGUGUACUGACAAGGAGCAGUAAAGCAAAAAAUAGAAUUUUAAACAUCAUAAAUUUUGACUAAAUACUGUAUGUCAAAAUGUAUUUUAAAAUUAUGCUCUGAAUACAAUGAAUAGUCAUACCAGUCAAUGAGUCUUGAUAUGUUGAAUGCAUUGGUUAAUGAAUUUUAAUUGACUAACUAGUCCUUAUUUGUAGCCAUUUCAAUUUUUGUUGCUUUCAAUAGUAAACACUGUGUAGCUCAAGAAAUCUGAGGUGAAGUACAAGGUACUGAUCAUUUGUGUGAUAAUGAGCAUUUCCAGUGAUUAGUUGUAUUGACAUGAGGAUUCCUUGGAUGCAGCAUGCAUGACUAGCAUACUUUCAAAUCUUGCUUGCAAUUUUCUUUUUUUAUCAACACAUUGGCCGUUUCCCACCAAGGUAGGAUGGCCUGAAAGAGAAAAACUUUCACCAUCGUUCACUCCAUCACUGUCUUGCCAGAGGUGUGCUUACACUACAGUUAUAAAACUGGAACAUUAACACCCUGCCUUCAGAGUGCAGGCACUGUACUUCCCAUCUCCAGCCUGCCGGUUUCCCUGAAUCCCUGCAUAAAUACAGCCUCUCCUCACUUAACGACAGAGUUCCGUUCCUAAGACAGCAUCAUUAAACAUUGUUAAGCGAGGAGCAUACUAUAAUGGUAGUGAGUUGGUGUCGACCAUCUUUGAUAUUGUUUUAAUGUCACCUUUGCACCAUUAACAACAUUUCUGGUAUAUUUUUAAAUGUUUAUGCAGUAAUGUACUGUAUAUUGAAAAAACUGAAUAGAGGAAACCAGCUCUGAUACACAAUGGACCCCUGGUUAUCAUAAUUAAUCCGUUUGUGAGAGUGACCAUACCCGAAUCUGACGAUUUCCAAAUUCGUUUUCCCCAUAAGAAAUAAUGUAAAUCCAAUUAAUCCAUUCCAGACACCCAAAAGUAUUAAAAAUAAAUAUUUUUUUACAUGAAAUAUACAUUUACCUACACAGAAAACAAUGAGACGUGCAAAAUAAAACAAUAAAAUGACACUUACCUUUAUUGAAGACUUGUUGAUGAGAUGGGAGGACGAGAGGAUGGAGGUGUACUGUUGUUUGUUUGGAAGGGGAAUCCCCCUCCAUAAUGACUUCAGGUACCAAGUCCUUUUCCUGGGUUACUUCCCUUCUUUGUUUUUUAAUGCCACUAUGACCAGUUUGAGAGUCACUGGACCCGUCGCUCAAAAAAAGCGUUCCAGAGAGGUCUGUAUCUGGCGUUUCUUUAAAACUUCCCUAAAAUGGGACACAACAUUGUUGUACAUGUUGCCAACACGGCCUGCAACAGCUUUGUCAGGGUGAUGUUCAUCCAUAAAUAUUUGUACCUCACUCCACUUUGCACAAAUGUCCUUCAUCUUUGAAGAAGGCACCUUCCUCCUCCUCUGAAGCAAUUUCCUGAGCUGUGGUCUGUUGCUGUUGCAGAUGAAGGCCUUGCAGCUCUUCAUUGUGGUCCUCCACCAGGUAUUCCACAUCCUCACUACCUGCAUCCAGUCCCAUGGUAGUCCCCAGUGCCACAAUAGUUUCCACAACAGCCAUAGGCUCAUCAGGGUCAGCCCCAAACCCUUCAAAAUCCCACUCUUGGACACAUUCUGGCCACAAUUUUCCCCAAGCAAAGUCCUGGAAGUCACUCCCUCCCAAGCCUUACCUAUAAGGUUUAUGCAGUGGAGGAUACUGAAGUGAUCUUUCCAAAACUUUCUUAGCAUCAAGUGAGUGUGUGAGGUCACAUAAAAGCACCUUUGAAACAUUGCUUUGGUGUACAGUUUUUUGAAGUUUGAAAUGAUCUGCUGGUCCAUGGGCUGGAUGAGGGGGGGCAAGAACUUAACUGUGAUGAACCAAAACUUCACCAUUUGCUCUUCCAAGUCUGGAGGAUGAGCAGGUGUAUUGUCCAUUACCAGGAGGCACUUGAGUUCCAGUUUAUUUUCCAGGAGGUAUUUCUUCACACUGGAGCCAAACACUUCAUUGAACCAAUCAAGGAAAAUGUCCCUUAUGACCCAUGCCUUACUGUUUGCCUUCCACAUCACACAAUUUACUCUUGGAGACACUUUUUCUUGAACACACUUGGAUUUUCAGAGUGAUACACCAGUAAAGGCUUCACUUUGAAAUCCCCACUAGCAUUACUACAGAACAUGAGAGUUAGCCUGUCUUUCAUAUGCUUGUGCCCUGGGAGUGCCUUUUCCUCCUGUGUGAUGUAGGUCCUCUUUGGCAUUUUCUCCCAAAAGAGGCCUGUUUUGUCACAAUUGAACACUUGUUGGGGUUUGAAUUGUUCAGCUUCUAUGUACCCCUUGAAUUCCUGAACAUAUUUUUCAGCCACAUAUUUGUCAGAACUUGCAGCCUCGCCAUACCUUACCACAGUGUAUGCCACUACGCUUCUUAUAUCUCUCAAACCAGCCUUUGCUGGCCUUAAAUUCACUAACAUCAGCACUAGCUCCAGGUAUUUUCUUCACGAGAUCCACAUGCAACUACCUUGCCUUUUCACAACUUACCAACUGCAGAACACUAUCUCCUGAUAGUUGUUUCUCGUUGAUCCACACCAGCAACAAAGUCUCCACAUCUUCCAGUAUUUGCAAUCUCUGUUUUGUAAGCAUAUUUGCACCUUUUGCAACAACAGCUUCCUUGAUUUCCUUUUUCUUGGCCACAGUAGAAGUGAUGGUUGUAUGGGGUUUGUUAUACAACCUGGCCAGUUCUGCCACACGUACUCCACUUUCACAUUUUGCAAUGAUGGCUUUCUUGAAUUCUAUAGUGUUUCUCACCUUUACCAAAGGGCUGGCACUUGAAGCUUUCUUUGGGCCCAUGGUGGCUUAUUUAGCAGUUACAAGCACUAAAAAGAAUGGAAUAAUACGAAAUGUAUCAUAUGAAUGCACGGGAUCGUCCUCACUGGCUGAUAAACACUGGCACACCGGCUGUAAAUGGUGUGUCGGGCUGUGCAGACACGUUCAGGACGAAUGACUAUUUCCAAGUUCAAUGACGUUACUAUUUCCGAAUAUCACGAAAUCCGAUGACUACGAAAUCCGGGAGUCCGCUGUACAUUAUUUAGGUAUGAAUGCUGGUCAGAUAGCCCGUCAUAAGUCCAAGGCGUCUGUAAAUGAGUAUAUCGCUAAGUGAGGAAAGGCUGUAUUAUCAAAAUGAACAGAAAAAUAUGUUUAAAUUGACUUACAAAUGUAAACUUGUCGGUUGGUGAUUAUAACUGAAUAUUACUGAGAAAUUGUAGCCAAAGGCAAAAGUUCUGUCUGUACAUAUAGGCUUAAAUAACAACUUCAGUGUUCAUGAAACAAAAGAACAAUCUUUACAGUAUUGUACCAGUGUUCCUCAAUAUUGCAAGUGGCAGUGUUAUAUAUAGUUGUGUAUAGCAGUGAUCACUCUUAGCAAUAUGUAUACGAAUGGUAUAAAUUUAAUGAAUUUUGCUUGUGUAAUCUCUUGAAAUGUGAGCCAUGUCCAACUUGGAAAUUUAUUUACCAGUCUGAUUCACCAUUGUGUGCAGAGUUCAGUGACAGUAUUGUAAAGUGUACAUUUUCAGAUAACUUGAGAAUAAUUUGUAAAAAUUGAAACACUUUAUCCAAUAUAGACAGGUUUGAAAUUCCUGCACAUGAAAACCUUUCAGGAAGCAAACAGUGUUAGAUGCUCAGUGCAAUUCUGUACAUAAUUAAAAAGCUCUCUUGAGAAAUUGGUCUUUACAUUGUGUAGUGCACUAAGUGUACUCUGUGUAUGCAGAAGACUUUUGUGUAUAUUUUUCUGUAUAUAUUUAUUAAUGUUCAUUGUUCAUAAGUAAUUUUUUCAACAUACGUACGCAUCAGUAAAGUCCUAUGUUGAAUAAGGUAGUGAUAUGUGACCCUGAAUGUUUUACUGUAAUGCACAGUGUGAAUAUUGUUUUCCUAAUUGAGCAAUAGUAAUGAUCUCAGAUAAGCUGCCAAAAUGUCUUCUUGUCAGUCAAACUGCUCAUGCAGAGUUCUUCACUCAAGUCCACAUGUUAUUAAUACUCUUUCAAUCCCUUUAUGGCAUUGUUAACUUGUGUAACUUCCAAGUUGUAUAUUAUUAUUUGCAGUACAAAAAUCUUUGUGUAAAUAUUUAUGUAAAUAGUUUAAUAAAUGUAAAGAUGUCCAAUA